AUGGAGUACUGGCGAAGCAACGAGAGGGCUAUCAAUACCGGAAUCGAGGGACCGUUUAAAAAAGGCCUGUAUAUUGCAGGACUUAUCACACCCAAGAAAAUGAUAAACUCCGUGAGAGAGAGAGGCCUGUCCUGCGGGUAUGAUCAUGAUUCGUCGACUUCAGUUCAAAGCGAUGGCUGCGGGGCUAGGGAAAGGGCUCGUGUUUCCGCCAUGAUGCACUCGAAUUGCUCAAAUGAUUCGUUGGUUACAAAGACUGUCUCGAUACGGAUUCUUUGGGCCUUCGAAAUUGCAAGUCACUGA